CGCUAUACCUCUUGGAAGUCUGGGUUCUACCGGCCUUUGUUACACUUAUAGGGGUGACAUUUCCUGGCACUCCCGACUUGGGAAGACGCGCGUCGAGGUGCGGCUAUUUCCCACAGGGAACAGGUCUAUUAAAAGGACACGGAAGUAUUUGGGUGUGACCGCGCGAUGACCGGAUUUUUUUGCAAUUUGCUAGUAUAUCGUAUCGUCGGUGUGUAAGCGAUUCGAUCAUCGGUUCAAUUUAUCACGAGCAAUUAUAGAAAAUGAUGUCACCCCUCUCAUUUAAAAUUGACGGAUUCACUUGCACCUGAUGUACUCUUAAGCGGUCGUUUUUUUAUCGAUCAUUACCUUUUACGUUGAAAUGUCAUAAAAUGCACGGAUCGUUAAAAUCACCACCUAAAUAAAGGUCGAAUAGUUUGGGAAGUUCUACGAUGACUGCAUGGUAGUCGGUGGUGGAGCGUAUGGGCGAACACGUGCGUUUUGUUUUCGUGGCGCUCGCCUGAACGGUAUUAAUUUUGAAAGUUGAGCGGAAUUUGGUGCGUGUUGCUUUUGUUUAUACUGAAGACGGAUGCCUCAAAACAUCAUAGAACUUUCGCCGCUUUCGCCCGAAACUCCCACGAGAGGCCUUAUUUCCAGCACCGAUUUGGAUUCGCCAGAUCAGCAAGAUGGAAUUCCACCUACGGAAAUGGUACCCGAAACGGUGGUCGUCGGCAAGGAUCCAAUGGAACAUCGUGUGAUAUUCAUCAACCGGACUCAACCUCCCGUACACAAAUUUGUUAGCAACCACAUCUCGACUGCCAAAUACAGUGUAAUUCGUUUCAUCCCGUUAUUUUUAUUCGAGCAAUUCAGAAGAUGGGCCAACAUUUUCUUCUUGCUCAUAGCGCUCCUGCAACAGAUUCCCGACGUUUCGCCUACGGGACGUUAUACCACCCUCGUACCGCUGAUAUUUAUAUUGUCCGUUUCCGCCAUUAAAGAAAUCGUCGAGGACAUUAAAAGGCACCGAGCAGAUGACGAGACGAAUUAUAGGCACGUCGAGGUGCUGAGGAAUGGCAUGUGGACGCAAGUACGAUGGUUGAACGUGGUUGUUGGGGAUAUCGUUAAAGUUCUGAAUGAUCACUUUUUUCCGGCAGAUCUCAUUGUUUUAUCCUCUAGUGAACCCCAGGGCAUGAGUUUUAUAGAGACCGCAAAUUUGGACGGCGAAACAAACUUAAAGGUCAGACGCGCCCUUCAAUGCACAUCCGUAUUAACAUCAAAGGACGAGCUGUGCAAUUUGACGGGAACUGUGGAAUGCGAGCCGCCCAACAGGCAUUUGUACGAGUUUUCCGGCGUUUUAAAGGAAACGAAUAAGGUAGCGCAGGCGAUAGGUCCGGAUCAGAUCUUGUUGCGCGGCGCCAUGCUGAGAAAUACUUCCUGGGUUUUCGGUUUGGUUAUCUAUACCGGGCACGAAACUAAAUUAAUGCGAAAUUCGACUACGGCACCGUUGAAAAGGUCCAGCAUUGAUAAACUAACGAACAUCCAGAUUUUACUAUUGUUCGGAAUAUUGCUUACAAUGUGCAUAAUUUGUUCGGCGUGCAACGAGGUGUGGACCAACAGGCAUGCGGACAAGGACUGGUACAUCGGCUUGGAAGACAUGAUAAAUCAAAACUUCUUGUACAAUUUGCUGACGUUCAUCAUCUUAUUUAACAAUCUAAUACCGAUAUCGUUACAAGUGACGCUCGAAGUAGUACGGUUUAUACAAGCAAUCUUUAUUAACAUGGAUAUCGAAAUGUACCACGCAGAGACCAACACGCCCGCCAUGGCUCGCACCUCCAACCUGAACGAAGAACUUGGGCAGGUCAAGUACAUCUUUUCGGAUAAGACGGGCACACUCACCCGAAACAUUAUGGAGUUUAAAAAAUGCGCAAUCGGUAAUACGAUUUACAAUGUCGACGAAAGUCUCGCGAUUAAGCACAUUCAAAGCAAUCACAAGAAUGCGGAGUUGCUACACGAGAUGUUAAUUUUGUUAUCCGUCUGUCAUACGGUCGUACCCGAAAAGCCGAAGGACGACCCUUUCGGUAUAAUUUACCAUGCGGCAUCGCCAGACGAACGCGCUCUGGUGUACGGCGCUCGUAAGUUUGGGUAUUCGUUUCUAAGUCGCACUCCGGAUACCGUUGAGAUCGACGCUUUGGGUCAGAUACAGAAGUUCGAAAUUUUGAAUGUGAUCGAGUUUACGUCGAGUCGCAAGCGAAUGUCCGUCAUUGUUCGGGACUCCCGUAACGAGAUAAAAUUACUAUGCAAAGGCGCAGAUACGGUAAUAUAUGAACGACUAGAGAAUUCCACCACCGAAUACGGAGACGUCCUAUUACAACAGCUAGAAGUAUUCGCGACAGAAGGUCUACGUACUUUAUGUUGCGCCGUCGCCAAUUUAAAUCAGCAAGACUACGACAAAUGGAAACAGAUCUACCACAAGGCGUGCACCUCCAUCGAUAAUCGCGAGGCGAACAUCGAAAAGGCGGCCGACUUGAUCGAGAAGAAGCUGCGGCUAAUAGGCGCGACCGCGAUCGAGGACAAACUUCAGGACGGCGUUCCGGAAACGAUCGCCGCACUACUCAAGGCCGACAUUAACAUUUGGGUUUUAACUGGCGACAAACAGGAGACCGCCAUUAAUAUCGGAUAUUCUAGCCGGCUACUUUAUCAGGGGAUGCCGCUUAUUAUUCUAAACGAUGACAGCUUAGACGGUACCAGGGAGGCGGUGCUGAGGCACAACGACGAUCUGGGCGCGAACUUGGAAAAGCAAAAUGAGAUCGCGCUAAUCGUAGAGGGCAAGACGUUGAAAUACGCGUUGAGCUGCGACCUACGGUCCGAUUUUAUUAAGCUCUGUAUUUCGUGUAAGGUGGUCAUUUGUUGUCGGGUCUCGCCCAUGCAGAAGGCGGAGGUGGUCGAAUAUAUUACUCAGUAUACGAAGACGGUCACGUUGGCGAUUGGUGAUGGCGCUAACGACGUGGCUAUGAUUCAAAAGGCGCACGUCGGUGUCGGUAUAUCCGGACAGGAAGGUUUGCAGGCGGCUUGCGCCUCGGAUUACAGCAUAGCCCAGUUCCGUUUCUUGCUAAGGCUCAUAUUGGUGCAUGGGGCGUGGAAUUACUUGCGCAUGUGUAAAUUGAUUUUGUACAGUUUUUAUAAGAACAUUUGCUUGUACGUCAUCGAACUUUGGUUUGCGAUCUAUUCGGGAUGGUCCGGCCAGAUUCUGUUCGAACGGUGGAGCAUCGGCCUGUACAACGUUAUUUUUACCGCUUUACCGCCUUUAGCGCUAGGGCUCUUCGAUAAGAGUUGCGGCGCGGACGUCAUGUUAAAGUAUCCGAAGCUGUACAAACCGUCUCAAAGCGGGGAGUUGUUCAAUGUCAAGGUGUUCUGGAUAUGGGUCGUAAAUGGUAUGAUACAUUCUGCUUUACUAUUUUGGCUCUCUCUAUUAGCCACCAAGCACGAUGUUGUUUGGAUGAACGGAAUGGAGGGGGGCUAUUUAUUAAUGGGAAAUUGUGUUUAUACAUAUGUUGUCGUAACUGUAUGCUAUAAGGCGGGUUUAAUUACGAACUAUUGGGCGUGGCCUACACACUGUGCUAUUUGGGGAUCCAUCGUCUUAUGGUUCUUAUUUGUGAUAAUAUAUAGUAACUUUUGGCCAGUGAUACCGGUUGGAACGGUAAUGUGCGGAGUGUACAUUAUGCUAUUUUCUUCGGCUGUGUUUUGGUUAGGAUUAUUACUUAUUCCAAUGGUCACAAUGACACCAGAUUUUGUAUUUAAGGUCGUUUAUGGAACUGUACGAAAGAGUCUUACGGAGGCGAUGCGCGAAAGCGAAAUUAGACAAACGGAUCCGACGAGUUUGUUUAGCAAAGACGCGAAAAGCUCAGAUGGAGUCGACAUAGUCAAUAUAGGCUGGCGACGAUGUAACAGCACCGUAACACCGGCAAGUGACGACUUGUCUUGACAUUCAACACCUUGGAUACAAACGAUAGCUAAAAACCAAAAAUACUAGCCUUAGGGGAUUAGACAAUACCAGUAGAGUUAAGAUAUCGAACCAAUGUUACGGGACCAAUUUUUUUUUACAAAUCACGCACACUAUUGUUCCAAUUUGAUGAGACACGUUAACUAAUAAGCUGCUUUCCGUUUAUAGUGGCAUGGGUGACUGAAUAAUAAUAUGCACAAUUUUACUUUGUCCAUUGUUUUUGUAAAUACUUUACUUUCAUGGUAUACUAUUGUAUGUUAUGAAUGACUUGUAACUGUUUCACCACUAAUUUCUAGGGUGUAUUGUAACUUUAGAAAUUUCUACCAACAAAGCACAAUUGAGUGAACUUUCGAUUAUUCCAAAUAUAUACAAUGUAGCUUUAGGAGUAUGCGAAGAUUCGAAUAUUUUUCUGUUGCUGAAUUACUCCCCACUUUCAGCCAAUCGAGAAUCUUCAAACGCGUGAGAGGAGAGCGCAGUGACUCUUAGUUCUCGAUUAAGAGUAAUCCAGCACGUUGAAAAUAACGAAUUUUUGAGAAGAAGCGCACAAAGACUUUUAGCUAGGGGUGUAGCAUGUUCAGAGUCUUUUUAAUUUACUUCACAAGAUACUAGGUCGAUCUAAUGACCAAAUAAUUGAGACCGCCCGUAAAUGGCGUCCUCGGCGUGGAUUACGCACACUAUAAAAGUGAUUCUAAUUGUCUUAAAGACGCACAAAUACAACUGACUUCCUAGCAGUCGACAGUUCACUACAACUAACAAUAUUUGCUUGUGAUAUAAUUUCGAUGUAACUAUUUUUAUUAAUUUUAAUCUUCAUUUACUAAUAAAUAGGUAUCCUGUGUAGACAAUACUAAUAAAUAGUGUUAAAACAUUUUAUUUUCCGCAUAUUAUAUUUU